UCCAAACGACGGAAGAAAUGGCGCCAAAUGGAGCGCGCGACAAAGCAACGUCCAACGAACCUCCCUUCCCGCGUCUGCUGUAGCAGAAUCGUCCGGAGAAACGCCGUGGGAAACGAUGGGUGAGCGAAAAAAGCAACGGAACGGGUCGCUCGGAGGGAAACGGCUCACCCCGCGGUUGCCCUUUUAUCCCUUGUGCGGUCCUCCUCUAAGAAGCUCGGCUUCUCUCCAUCUUCCCUCUCCUGUCCCCGUUCGGUAGGGCUCCUCUGCUCUCCGCUUCGAACCUCGUGGAAUCCGGUACCUGGAUCACAGCAAGCGAUUCCCUUUGCUUUUCUUCUGCUACAGGUUCGACCUUUGCAGGACUGCGGGAUUUUAGCUGCUUAAAGGAAUCUCUGUUUUCAUGGAAUUUGGUGGCGGAAGUGCAUGAUUGCGUUCAUCAAUUUCAUCUUGUCUUUCAAGCUCCCUUUUCUCUGCCGAGUGAAUAUGGUCUGGGACAUGGAAUCUGUAGGAAAUCAUAUAUCCUCCGGUGUGACAUGCAUUCUGUCUGCUGUAUAUAAGAAAUGGCAGUUUUCAAGGUAGAUAUCAAGACCUGAUCAAUCUCAAGGAUCACAUGUUUGGGAAGCAUGCCAGGCCCCAUGGAUGGAAUAUCAAACACUUUUUAUUUCAGCAGAACUGGGAAUUCUCAGAAAUUGGAGCAUAAGAAACAUGGUUUUGAAGCUCCUCGGAACAGCUUCGAUAUUUCCAUCGACAAAUCUGAAGGUUAUCACUGUGUCUCUGAAGAUAUUCGGUAUUCUUUUCAGGUGAAGCAGCACUCCUCCAAAAUGAACCAUCUUCCCAAUGGAACCUCGAUGAAGAAGUUGAUGCAUGGACCAAAUCUGGUUGCCCGUCUGAUGGGAAUAGAAUCGAUACCAUCCGAACGAAGUACCAAGAUUCCUGUCAAGGAACAUGAAGUAGAUAGAUCAAGAAAAGCAAUGGAGAUGAGUAAUAAGCCUAUGGAUAACAGUUCAGGUCUCGGAACUCCAUGUAGCUCUACUUCCUCCAGACAAACAAAGACAAGAAGACCACAACCACGCGAACAUCCACAGGAAGAGCUGCUGCAGAGGUUCAAGAAGGACUUCCUGGCGUGGCAGGCUUCAAAGUUAUGGGAGCAUCCAAGGUCAAAGAAGAGUCACGUUCUUGGAGAUGGGAAGGAUCGCCAAGCCCAUGCACCAAAGAAUCUGGAGAGCAAGAAAAACUUGAAGCGUACACAACUCAAAGAGGUGGUUUCACCAGCUAGACGGGAUGUGAAUGCACAAGGAUCCAGCAGCAGCAAGACUAUGAAGCUUGGGAGCAGAGUUAAUGGUCCUGAACACUUUCCAGUUGCUAAGGCCGAUAGGCAACACGAACGAACUUGUUCGCCGACACAAAUAGUGAUUCUGAAGCCUAAUUGUGAUAGAAGUGAUGAUAAUGAAGAGUCAUCGUUAGCUGCCUCAUCUGAGGAGUUAGAGAAGGAAUAUAGUAUGGACGAUUUCCUCGAAGAGGUGAAGGAAAGGCUCAGAAAUGAGACUCUCAAUGUUAAAGGUAGAGGAAACAGAAUGGGGACUCCGUUGAGUGAAAGGUCAAGUGAUCCAAAGCAAAUUGCUCGUGGCAUAGCAAGACAUAUACGAGAGAGCGUGACCAAGGACAGGGGGACGACUCUGGCACGAUCUGAGUCAACCAGAUCGAUAAGGAGUGACAUCCAGAUCAAUACGCCCGAUUCACCAGAGUUAAUCAGAAGAGACACAAGAAAGUUCCUGUCGGCGAAAUCGAAGAACAUCCUGAAAGAUGAUAUUUUCCUUGGAGACUCAGGUGCUUUCUCCUUGAUCAGAGACAAGGCAAUACCAGAUCAAGGGAAAAGUGUGGACUACUGGAAAGAUAAGAAAGCUGUGAUCGAAUCAAUUCCAAGAAAGAGAGAGAAAUGUGUGGCACAACGAAACCUCAUCAGAUCAUUUUCUGCACCUGUGUCCGGAACAGCCUUUGGGAAGCUGCUUUCGGAGGACCAGCAUAUAACUGGAGCUCAGAUCCGCAGGAAGCAUGAAGCAUCUGAACAUAACCUUUCAGAACUCAGAAACCAAAGAAAGGAUGGCCUCGACCUGAAAGGUAGAGUUUCCAAUCUAAAACAUAGCUUCAAUCUUAAAGGUAAGUUAUUCGGGAAGAAGACAGAGCUGAUCAAGGAACAACCAGCUGCGAGUGGAUUCAACACAGUGAAGGAAACACCAACUGCACCGCCUGCUGUCACCAGCGCUGGCAUCACACAGGAGAACUCCACAGAGGUGCCACCGAGUCCUGCAUCAGUGUCCAGCGGUUCUCCUGACGAGUUCUGCAGGCAAGAUAGCCCGAGUCCUGUAUCACCGCUGGAGGUCAUGGAGUACCACACUACAGCUUGUAUCUCUGAAGCGCUGAGCUCCGAUGCUCCAGCUCGUAUCUCUUUGCCAGAUCCACAUCUGUCGGAACAAGCUGAGCAUGGUGGAUCCGAAAUGGCAGCCACGGAGCAGCCUCACAACCAAGAGACGACCGUCUCUGCCGAUCAAGCAAGCUCAAAGUCGGGCGCAGUAACAAGGCCGAUCUCACACCAGGUCUUCGAAGAAGAGGAAGAAGCAUACGGCAAAUACUGGAAGUCUUCUAUCGUCCACAACGAUGACAUAGCUGUACGACACAAGCUGCUGUUUGACUUGGUGAACGAGGCUCUGCAAAGUGUACUGGGACCUCAGAUACAUUGCUCCAUGUUCAAGAGGCGGAGUCCAGGCCAAGCUGCAUCACCACAAGCAAAAAGCUUGUUACUUGACCUGUGGAACCAAAUCCAGGUAUACAUGAGUCCCCCUCUACAUGAGUCCGACGUAAAUAGCGUGGUGGUUCAGGAGGUGAAGAUGACGACUUGGCCAAGCAUGCUCCAUGAGGACGUUGACGUCGUAGGAAGACAGAUUGAGCGGGUCGUGCUGCGGGACUUAAUAGAUGACAUUGUGCAGGCAAUGAUUGCUUUGCCGAGCAUGCGACCCGCUCGAUGCCUGUAAGGUGUUCGGCGAAAAGGAAGUUGAGAGAGGCUCGACAUAGAUGACGAGCAGUGCUAGAAUAAUGCCUAUCGCAACCUCGGCCGGUGGAGACGGCGCUGCCGCACAUGGCAUGUCGGAGUUCUUCGUGCAAACGUUCCUUAAUCCAUGUUGCUUGACUCCAUGGCCGAGGGAAGAUUGCAGCUUGGCACAUCAAAUCAAAUGAUUGAACAAUUACUAUUUCGUUAUGUAGGAAAUGGUUUUUGUGUGUUUUGGUGUGUGGACGUGGUGCAUCUUCUCAUCCUCGUGUUCAUGGUGCACAACCCAGAGAACAGCUCGAGUUCAGAUUGUAAGAUGGAAUUUUCCUUGAAAUGUUGAAAUUAUUUGGCGUUGACCGAAUACUGUGUCAAUUUCAAGAAUAGUCGAUGAGAAGUUCGUCCCCCCCCAUAAGAGAUACAUUGUCAAGGAAACGUAUUAAUUGGUGUCAGAUGGAGAAACUAAUGGAAGCAAGAACCUUGACAAACUGCAUUUUUCUAGCUCAACUACUGGACUUUUGCUACUUUAUCAACUAGUAAAUUGAGAAAGUAGAGAUAAGAAGAACAAAUCUGGGUGGAGAGGCAUGUGGAGGCACAGUGUAAGACUUUCUUGAAAUAUUAGUUGAGAGGCUUUGUCUUCUUCCCAUGUCCAGUCUCAAUUGUUUGACCCUCGACAGCAGCAAUUAAGGGUCUCUUUCUGUCUCCA